ACACACACAAACUGUCAGUGAGACAGUUUAGCCUGAUGCAGCUGCUGCAUGCAGGCGCAUUGAAUAGCGUGUCUCCGUCACAUAAUUAUUUUUUAUAUAAGCAAGUUUCGUUCGCCAUUAAUAUAUUUCGCAGAGAUUCUGUCGUGUAUUAACGGUUUAAACCACUUAAAUUAGGCGGCGCACCUUUAAAGAGGGGUGGUAUGAAAUAUCCGCAUUUUUCAUCGGAAUACGGCUCUUCUUCUGUUUGUUGUCUUAUGUUUAAUGAGACUUAACCUUCAUCCAGAUGACGGACGAAUAUAUAAUUCAUCUGAGAUGCCUUGCCUAAAAUUUUGUUCGCCGUGUGUCAGUUAACGUUAGUCGGUAGCGCGCGCAUCCAGCCAACUGUAACCUUCAAGCUAACGUCAAUGACAGCUAGCACUUAGCUGCUUUGCGUUGGUGGCAAGGGGAUUUCUGACAGCUUUAGUCCGUCAGCUGCGCGUUUGCAGAGGGAUGCAUGGACGCGGUGCGUUAAAAAAAAGAAAGGGAAUUGCUUGUGAAGAUCCGGCUGAUUCUCAAGACAUCGUGCCCGCUAGUAGCGCAUAAGUGCCACGACUAGAGAGGGAUUUCAUUCAUCCGAUUACUAAACAUGGCCUCUGCAGCCAGCAACCUUGUUGCAUCCAUCGCCAGCAAAACCAAAACCAAGAAGAAACAUUUCGUGUCGCAGAAGGUGAAGUUGUUUCGGGCCAGCGACCCGCUGCUCAGCGUGUUAAUGUGGGGAGUGAACCACUCGAUAAAUGAACUCAAUCAUAUCCCGAUUCCUGUAAUGCUGAUGCCUGAUGACUUCAAAGCCAACUCUAAGAUCAAGGUGGACAACCACCUCUUCAACAAAGAGAACAUGCCAAGCCAUUUCAAGUUCAAGGAGUACUGUCCUCUUGUUUUCCGCAAUCUGAGGGAGAAGUUCUCCAUUGAUGAUCAGGAAUAUCAGCACUCUCUGACACGCAGGGCUCCGAUUCCCAGCGACGCUCAGGGCCGCAGCGGAGCGCGUUUCCACACGUCAUACAACAAGAAGUACGUCAUCAAGAUCAUCACCAGCGAGGACGUCGCUGAGAUGCACAACAUUCUGAAGAAGUACCAUCAGUAUAUAGUCGAGUGCCAUGGCAACACGCUGCUCCCUCAGUUUCUGGGAAUGUAUCGCCUCACAGUGGAUGGAGAUGAGACCUAUAUGAUCGUCACUCGCAACGUUUUUAGCCAUCGGCUGCCUGUUUACAAAAAAUAUGAUUUGAAGGGAUCCACAGUGGCAAGAGAGGCUAGCGACAAAGAAAAGCCACGCCCACCUGAGGAGGGGGCUCCGCCCAAAUCUCGCAUGAGCCAAAAACUACAAACCAUCCGGAUCGCCACGCGCUUUUACUGCGCCAUAAGACACACCAAGGAACUUCCAACCUACAAAGACAAUGACUUCAUCAAUGACGGGCAGAAAAUCUACAUAGAUGAAGAAAACAAGAAAAUGUUCCUGGAAAAACUAAAGAAUGAUGUAGAGUUUCUGGCCCAGCUGAAGCUGAUGGACUACAGUCUGCUGGUGGGGAUUCAUGAUGUGGAGAGGGGGGAGCAGGAACAGCCUGAGGAGGAGAGUGAAGACAAUGAUGCGGGGGAGGAGGAGGGCACAGAGAGUGAUGGAGCGGCCACCGGCUCACCACCAGACAGCCCAAGUAACACACUGGACAGCAACAGGCCCCUGGGUCCAGGAGAGUUCGACCCCACUAUUGACGUUUAUGCUAUCAAGAGCCAUGAAAGUGCUCCUAAAAAAGAAAUCUACUUUAUGGCAGUGAUUGACAUUCUGACCCCAUAUGAUGCCAAGAAAAAAGCAGCCCAUGCAGCUAAAACAGUCAAACACGGGGCAGGGGCAGAAAUCUCAACAGUCAACCCUGAGCAAUACUCCAAGCGAUUUUAUGAUUUUAUCACCACCAUUCUGUCCUAACCGCCGCCUCAGGCUGGAACAUGACGGUGGCUGCAGUGAUAAUGAAGGUCACAUAUUAGUUAGGGAAAAAGAUCCUGCUGUGGGUCACGGAUCCACUGUAUCUCCUGCAGCCCCUAAGGAACACAUCUCAGAUCUAUCCAGAUCUUUUUUGUUUACAAUUUUAUUGACUUUUUCACCUCUGGAGCAGAGUUAAGGCUCCAUGUCGUUGAUAAGGGAUUCAUGUGUCAUAUAUAUAUUCAUAAAUAGAAAAAUACAGUUCCGUACCCUUGUGUUAGAUAUUGUUGAUUGAGAAUCGAGUGAUGUUGUUUGUGACCAGCUACAUGGUAUGAAUAUCAUACUGGAAUUUUCAAAGCUGCUUAUUUUUAUGUGUUGACCUUGCCCUUGUUUUCUGCAAAGAAAGAUACAUUUUUAUGGUUCUCAAGAGAAAAGUCCUGUUUCCAAUAACAUUUUAAAUAUAUGUUGACCUGUAAAAAUCGCCCCAAGAGUUAGCAUAAAAUAAAUUGGAGCGUAUUUAAAAGUGUUCAUUGCACUAUUGCUCUUUAGCUGCAGGCUGUACCUUUAAAUCUCUUUACUAAAGCUCGUGUAACCACAAAGAGUUACAACUUCAGGUUUGACUGCAUAAAUCGCAGUAAAGCUCCAAUCAGCAAAACUGGAUGUAGCUUAGGCGUCUACUGUGCAGUGUAAUGUCUUGCACAGGAGCUCAAUAUUUGCAAUUGACUCCGAUAAUGUUUAGUAUAAAACUAGUGUUUUUGCACAUAAUUGAAAAUGUUUAUGCAAAUGAUUCCAGUUUUACCACUGACUCAUGGAGCGUCAUGCAAUAGUAGUGAUUCGUAGAACGUGUUAAGCACCUGACGGGUUACUUUCGUACCCCCAGUGAAAGAACAAAAUAUUGCCUGUUUUAUGUUGUUUAGCUCUGAAUUAGAGAACAUUAUAACAAAUAAUGCAUAUUUUGUACCUUCCUUUUUACAGUAAUAAUAAGCAAGUUUACAGUUGAUCAUUCUCUUAGUGAGAAUGCAGUUGGGCUGAUGCUAUUUUGAUGCUUGAAUUUGUGUACAGUGUUUAAGUUGCAUACCUGUAAAGAGAGAGAGAAAUCUGCCUAGCUCUAGGCCUUUCUAUUGAUAUUUCUCUUUCUGUCUCUUUCUCUCUCUCUGGUCAUUGUUUAAACUUUGUGUCCCUGAGACCUUUAGUAUUAUAAAAUAUCUUGAUAUUGUGAUAUGUCUUCUUCUGAAAUAUUGUUUGCGAAGUAAUCCUAAAUAUUUGUGUUGAAAUAUUGACAUAUAUACACUGUGCAAGGGUGUGCCUUUUUUACUCUGGAUUAUUUAAUUUUGUAUUUCAAUCAUUUUUUAACAAGAAACAAUUGAAAAUGUUAUUUUCUAAAAAGGGAAAGGUGAAUCGGAUGAUUCUUAAGGUGAUUGGCUGUUCCUGUGUAGGUGUGUAAAUAUGCAAGUGUGUUGUCUGUUUGCAAUAUGACUAAGGUACAAACACUCAGAUUUCCUGCAUACUGCUGGCUUUAUCUGAAUUAAUCUGCUCUCAAUUGGAUUGUUUCACUGAAAUGAUUCUUUGUUAAAACUUCAUGUGUUGCUGUAUUUGAAUUUCUGUUUGUUGGACAACUUUCAGUGAAAUUCUUUGACUCUGCAAAACAAGCGGCUCAAUGAGGUCUUGUUUUUUCCCCUUUUGGGUCUGUAUAGCACAUUUAAAUCUCAAUGAAGCCGCAAUGGAGAGAUACUUUAUCCAAAAAUAAUUUUGUCUCAAAUUGUAUAAAGUUAUGAUCACGUGUUGUAAUUUGUUACAUGCUGUCAUGUUUGAUGCUAUUGGGUAAACACUUUGAGGAAGAGAGAAAAUGUGAAAGAGGAAAUAUAAAGCCUUUUAAAUAUGCUGUCAAAGAGCAAAUUUAUCAGUUGUCAGUCUGUCAGUUAUCAUAACUGUUGUUACUCUGUCUGUUGUGUGUGCUGCAGUUCAAAAAUAUUAAAAAACACUCUUUCCCAUAAGCAUUGCUCAAUAAAAUGAUGCAUUGCUCAGCUUGA